AUGGCGAAAGGUACCAGGGGAAGACGUAGGAUUGCUUCACGCCAAUGCAGGCCAACCCCAUACCCCUUGCAAACCUGUGACCAAUCAGAUGGCGUGCAUCAAAAAAAUUGCUCCAAAAUUUUUGUGAAGAAAGACUGGGAAGAUGCAACCUGUUCUGUAUGUAUGGAGUAUCCCCACAAUGCUGUUCUUCUCCUGUGUUCAUCUCAUGAUAAAGGUUGCCGGCCCUACAUGUGUGGCACUAGCUUCCGCUAUUCCAACUGCCUUGACCAGUACAAGAAAGCCUACACCAAAGUGGCAUCACCACAUCCCAACCAUUCAGUUGAUAAUCCAGCUGUGGGUGCAGUGUCUAGUUGGCCUGCUGAAAAGUGUGAAGUGACUGAGCUGGCAUGUCCCCUUUGCAGGGGCCAGGUGAAGGGAUGGACUGUGGUGGAAGCUGCACGAGGAUAUCUCAAUGCAAAAAAGAGAAACUGCAUGCAGGAGAACUGCUCAUUUGUUGGAACGUACAAGGAGUUGCGGAAACACGUUAGGGCAGAGCACCCUUGUGCUAGGCCACGGGAAGUGGAUCCUGUUUCUGAACAGAAGUGGAGAAGUCUGGAGCGUGAGCGAGAGAGGGAUGAUGUAAUCAGCACCAUUACGUCAUCAAUGCCUGGGGCAGUGGUUUUUGGUGAUUAUGUGAUAGAAGGAAGUCAUUAUGGUUUUGAUACGGAUGAAGAGGAAGGUUUUGAUGUUGAUGCUGUGGGGCGGAAUGGGAGUUUUGACGUCGGGAUCGAUAGCAACCUGAUGAAUGUCUUUUUUCUGUUGCACGCAUUUGGUCCAUCUGGGGAUAUUGUGUCAAAUAGAAGGAUGAGAUUGAGGAGGUUUGAAAAUGAUUCCAAUCACUCAUUGGAUGGAGGUACUAUUGGAAAUCGUCACACAACCCCUAUUGAGGAAUUUGAUUCCUCUGAUCAAGAUAGUGAUGGCCGUGGCGAUGAUGAUGAUGCCAAUACUGGUAUGUCACUUGUUGGCCGUCUCCGCCGCCAAGGCAGAGUUCUUUUAGGCCGAUCAGGGAGGAGACGAAGGCAAAAGAAUUUCUAUUACAAUUUUCAGAUUUAUUUGGAAAUGGCGAAAGGUACCAGGGGAAGACGUAGGAUUGCUUCACGCCAAUGCAGGCCAACCCCAUACCCCUUGCAAACCUGUGACCAAUCAGAUGGCGUGCAUCAAAAAAAUUGCUCCAAAAUUUUUGUGAAGAAAGACUGGGAAGAUGCAACCUGUUCUGUAUGUAUGGAGUAUCCCCACAAUGCUGUUCUUCUCCUGUGUUCAUCUCAUGAUAAAGGUUGCCGGCCCUACAUGUGUGGCACUAGCUUCCGCUUUUCCAACUGCCUUGACCAGUACAAGAAAGCCUACACCAAAGUGGCAUCACCACAUCCCAACCAUUCAGUUGAUAAUCCAGCUGUGGGUGCAGUGUCUAGUUGGCCUGCUGAAAAGUGUGAAGUGACUGAGCUGGCAUGUCCCCUUUGCAGGGGCCAGGUGAAGGGAUGGACUGUGGUGGAAGCUGCACGAGGAUAUCUCAAUGCAAAAAAGAGAAACUGCAUGCAGGAGAACUGCUCAUUUGUUGGAACGUACAAGGAGUUGCGGAAACACGUUAGGGCAGAGCACCCUUGUGCUAGGCCACGGGAAGUGGAUCCUGUUUCUGAACAGAAGUGGAGAAGUCUGGAGCGUGAGCGAGAGAGGGAUGAUGUAAUCAGCACCAUUACGUCAUCAAUGCCUGGGGCAGUGGUUUUUGGUGAUUAUGUGAUAGAAGGAAGUCAUUAUGGUUUUGAUACGGAUGAAGAGGAAGGUUUUGAUGUUGAUGCUGUGGGGCGGAAUGGGAGUUUUGACGUCGGGAUCGAUAGCAACCUGAUGAAUGUCUUUUUUCUGUUGCACGCAUUUGGUCCAUCUGGGGAUAUUGUGUCAAAUAGAAGGAUGAGAUUGAGGAGGUUUGAAAAUGAUUCCAAUCACCCAUUGGAUGGAGGUACUAUUGGAAAUCGUCACACAACCCCUAUUGAGGAUUUUGAUUCCUCUGAUCAAGAUAGUGAUGGCGGUGGCGAUAAUGAUGAUGAUGAUGAUGCCAAUACUGGUAUGUCACUUGUUGGCCGUCUCCGCCGCCAAGGCAGAGUUCUUUUAGGCCGAUCAGGGAGGAGACGAAGGCGUAGAGAGACCAAUGCUGCAGAUCAGAGAUUUCUCUAG